AUGGCAAGUUUCCUCGACGCCGAAGCCGCGCAAAAGUACAAGAACGCCGAAAAAGCGACUCGCCCUUAUGUCAAAACCAUCGUCCAACAGUCGGGAAUAGCUGCAUAUCUCGAAUCCGGAGCUGAAGCCAGUAUUCUCGAUUUCGCAUGUGGAACAGGAGUUGUUGCGCAGGAGAUCUACGAUACGGUACCAAAAGAGAAGUGGGGACAGCUGAAAGUGCUAGGCACUGACAUCAGUCCGCCUAUGUUGGAAUAUUUGAGAGCGCGAGGAGAGACGCAGGGAUGGAUGGGAUUGGAUACGAAGACUGUGGAUGGCAAUACGGACUUGACCCAAGUUCUCCCCAAGGCGUCAUUCACACACAUAUUCGUCUCAUUCGCCAUUUUUAUGCUCCCAGCAUCAACACUCACGCAUCUUUAUUCACUGCUGCGCCCGGGUGGAUACAUGGCAGUAGCGACGUGGUCUAGCAUGUCUUGGGACAAUCUCCUCACACGCAGCGUCGCUCUCAUGAACGCGCCACAGCCUUACUCGCCCUCGCGCGAGGAACUGCGAGAAAAGUUCUGCGGGCGUUGGGCCGACGGUUCCUACUUGACACAGCAAUUUGAAGCAGCGGGCUUAGGAAGAGUAGGGACGUCUAAUCAAAAGGAGGCUGUACGCGUUGGGACGCCGGAUGUUUUCGUAGGGAGUAUGCAGUUUCCGCUGCAUUAUGUGAGAAGCACAUGGUGGCAGGGUCAGCGAGAGGGCCUGAUGGAGGAGUUGAACGGUGCUAUGAGAGGCAUCGUACAGCAGGAGGUUGGAGAAGAUGGGGAAGUGGAACUGGGGUUUGAUGGAGUUGUUGGGUGGGGGUGGAAGAGUGGUUAA